AUGACAAUACGUUUGGCAGACGUUAUUGAUGAUGAUGACGAUGAUUAUGAAGAAGAUGAUGACGUGGUUGGAUUGGUUCCUACCAGAUCAGCAAUGUCUAAAAGAACACCGUCGAUUCUGGUUACAGACGCAAGAAGUUCUAAACCAAGAUCAACAGCCCCCUUUGCAGGUCAUGCGGCAGGAAUAAAUGUUACUAAAGGUAAAAGAGGCAUUGGUAGCCAUAUAAAUGGUAGUAACGUGUCAAAUAGUAUAGGUGUUGGUAGCCACGUUAUUUCUAACAGUUUAAGGACACAACAUGGUAUUAAUAAUGGACAAUAUACGACGGUCAGUAACAGUUAUAAUCAGAGUAGUAGAAGCUGUUCCAGUAGUUCAUCCAGACCUGCUAGUGUGAGUCAAAGGAUUACAAGCAGUAUUAAGGAUAGGUUAAAAUACCCUUCAAUUAGCAAUAGAAGUAAUAAUGAUGGAAAUAGAACUAAUGGUUCAAAAUAUGAUUUCCGUUUGAAGUCAAAGAGUGCCAAUAUUCCAGUUGGAUCAAUAUUAACAGUAAAUACUGCAAAUACAAGAUCAAGUUGGGGAAGAGGAAACCCAUUUGAAAAAAAUAGAGAACGUUAUAAGAUGAGAAGAUCUUCAGGGUCAUCCAGAUUCAGUGAUAUCUCGAUGGAUAAUAUCUUAUUGGAUUCAUCCCUGGUUCCAUCAGGUAGAAGAGAACAACGUGGCUCUCAGUCCUCUUGGGAUCGUUUCCCACUGAAAAAGGUGCCAUAUUCACAAAACCAUUAUAAUAAAUAUAGAAAAUCAAUAAACGCAUUACCUUCAAGAACUUCUAAGAUAUCUCAAAAAUUGGUUUUAAUCCCAGAAGAUGCAGAGUUAACGAACUUAACAAAUCUCCAAAGAAAUGAUAUUACACCUAAUGGAUUAACUUUGCAUGGCAGUGGUGAUAUCUUGGAUAGACAGAAUCAUUUUUCUACUAGAGUACAACUAUUGAAUGGCCAUGAAUCCUAUCGAUAUAGAGAUGGGAAAUUGCCCAGGUUAACAGCGUAUAACAUUGCAGAUGGUUUUAAUAUUAAGUUAUUAACAAAAUUCUUAAAGCGUACACAUGAAGUUAGUCCUAGAUUAUACGAUGAUUGUCUUUAUGUACCUUAUGUGCUACCUUUGUUACCUGGUAAAGAUGGUUUUAGGAUUAAAUCUAAUGUAUCAAAAAAGAUUCAUGGUGGGAAAACACUUAUUGAAAAGUUGUUGGAUACUAGUGAACAAAGGGAUCACCAUUUCGAAUAUUACUCUGGUGUUGAGGCUGUUAAUGAAUUAAACCAAAAUGUCAGGAGUUCGUCUUUAUAUGAUAGUACCCUAAACAAUACAGAAAUUAAUGGCCUUAACAAUAGCAAUGACAAAACCACCACUUCUAAUAUAUCUAAUUCGAUAAGUGAGAGUCCUAUAAUUAGUAACAGUAGUAAGAUUGAUCGUAGAAGUAGUGUAGGUAGUAAGAAAAGUACCGAUAAUAUAGAUAAUAAUAUUCGAGCGAGACGAAGCUCAGAGAAUGUUACAUUAAGGGAUAGGGAGCAGAAUAGAAUGAUGGCAAGAGAGCGUAUGAAUGCUCCUUCAGAUGAUAAUGCAUACGAAAAUCUUAAUAAUAAUACAAUUAUGACUAAUAACAAGAAAAUAAGCACUAAUGAUGAUUCCUUUGAUCCUAGUGAACCACAACUGUUUGCUGAAGAGUCUCCUUUGGAACAAGAGAUUCGUGAAAGAGAAGAAUUGUUGAAAAUUACUAGUCCUUUAUCAACAUCGCCGAAUCUCUUGGGAGACUCAAUGGGAGGUGUUAUAUCAGGUAAAAGGGCAUCAACCAUAUUUCACAACCAAAGUGAUAGCAAGGGUGUUGAUACAAACAAAAAUAUUGAUAGUAAUCUGUUAAAUGGUAUCUCAGAGGCUGAAACAAAAAGAUUUAUUAAUCAAAAUAUGUACAAACAUGCGGAAUUAUUUAUUUUCCACUAUGGUGUAAUAGUAUUUUGGAAUUUUACCGAAGAUCAAGAAAAGGAUUUGCUUGGGGAUUUAGCAUUUGCGGAUGAAAAGAAAUUAAUAAUUAGACCAUUAGAUGAACCAGAUAUUGAAACAGAAGAGUUCCAUUUUGAGUAUGAUAAGGACACAAAGAGACCAAGGAUUUUUAAUGAUGUGAUCACAUUGAGAUCCGGGGAUCAUUUUAUUAAAUUGACUCUAUCUUAUGCAAUAGCCCAAUCCACCAAAUUAUCUAGAUUUGAGUCCAGAAUAUCACCUAUUUUAAAUUCUGUUAUGAAGUUACCCAAGAGAUUGGCUUUACAUGGGACUUUAGGUCUGAAAAGAGCACAAUUGUUAAAGAAGUCAGGUAAAUUGUUUAAAUUGAGAGUAGAUGUUAACCUCUCAUCAAAUGUGUUAGAUACACCUGAUUUUUUUUGGUCUGUAGAACCUAGUUUACAUCCAUUAUAUAUUGCCAUGAGAGAAUAUCUGGAGAUAGACAAAAGAGUCACUGUGGUCAAUGAUAGAUGUAAAGUGUUUCUAGAGUUUUUUGAUAUCUGUGUGGAUUCUGUAGCAGAGAGGAACAUUGCGAGAGUCACGUUUUGGUUUAUUAUAAUGAUUGUUGUGGGGGUUAUCUUUUCAGUUACCGAAGUAAUGGUUAGAUACAGUAUUAUUCAUAAUUAA